CAUUACGUGGUUAUCAUGUUCACCCCCUACAAACUUUCUUUGUGUGUGUAUAUAUAUGGUUGUUGGGUUGUUGAAUGAUCUUCAUUUACGUAGAAGAAAAGCUGUUUCGUGGAGUUUAAGGAUGUCUGCAAUGGAGAUUGGAUUAGAGAGGCAAUCAUCAAUUGAGAAGGAACCUCGUACUCUUAAUAUCGAUCAAAUCCAAUAUGCAAGAGAGGCAGCAAUGUCUGUGAUGAACACAAGGAGCAUUGAAGAAGCUUUGACGAUUUUCACUAAGGGUUUAAAACCGGUGGUUAAUUGUGUGGGAGAUGAAUGCAACGAGAUGAACUCCGGCGAAGACCUCGACACUUUAGCUAAUGAAUUGAGCAUUUCGGGGUUUAGAGACAUUGUUUCCGCGCCAUUUUAGAAAGCUGCAAAUCGAGCUACUUUUUAUACAACUUGCUAAGAAUCGAAUUUGUGUUUUUCAGCAUGAGAUUGAAUUUUUCGUUCUUUGAAAAGGUCCAACCUGAUCGAGUUGUAGUUAUAAAUAUAGAGUCGAUCGGGAGGUCUCAGUUUGGUCGUGCCACAGAUGGGGAGAUUGGCUCCUCAGGGGCCAUAGAGGACAAGUAAUCGUAUGCUUUUCAAGUGCAUUUUCCUUUUUUAACGAAGUGCAAUGAAGCGAAAUGUUUCCGUCUUUA